AUGACCAUUUCGGCUUUCUUGGCGUCUACCUUUCCGAAUCUGCCGACGGAAAUCAUGGAUUACGUUGUUGCAAUAUUAAAGGAAAAUGCUGAUGAAAUCACUUCGAAGGACGAUGUUAUGGAUGCUGUAGGCGAUCAUAUUCAGAAUUCUGUCGAGGGUUUAUCAGAUGACGCAAUAGAAAGAGUAUGCGAGAAGCUGAUACUUCUUCUACAUGAUGGGAAGGAGGUAGAAAAGUCAAUCGAAACUGGUCAGAAACGUUUGGAACGAACCAUUGAUAUAAGUGCCCAAAGUCUUGACUAUGAACCCUUGGACAGUAUAUGGAUGGUUUCAACCCGAGAUACUCCUACUUUGGUAAACAAGAAGAAAUUGCAACGGGCUGAAGCGAAAGCACUUGAGAAGUCCGCUAAGAAAGGGAUUUUAGAUCCCACAGCUACAGAGAAAAAGAAAAGACCGUUAGAUUUAACUGCUACAGCAUCACAGGCAUCGAACCGCCGAGAAGCUAAAAUUGAUGCGGGAGGAUUAUCGUCAUUAGAUGUCCAUCUGGAAAGUGUUGAUGUAUCCAUUGGCACAAAGCAGUUGUUAUGCGGUGCCGAUGUUUCUUUAGUAUAUGGGCGGCGUUAUGGCUUAGUAGGGCGUAAUGGAGCUGGCAAGUCGACUUUUUUGAAAAUGCUAUCUUCGGGUCAACUAAAGAUACCGUCGAAUAUAACUAUGCUGAGUGUUGAACAGGAAGUCGAAGGUGAUGAUACUGAAGUUAUCCAGGCCGUUCUUUCUAGUGAUGAUAAGCGAAAUAAGUUGUUCACAAAGGAAAAAGAAUUGCAAAGUUUGUUGAAUCGACAAGAUAUUAGUGAGAAAGAACGUGAGAAGUUUUCUGGAGAAUUAUCUUCUCUCUACGCGGAAAUGGAGUCAUCUCAAAUAGAUAAGGCACCAGCUCAAGCUGGAUCAGUUCUUUUUGGUUUAGGUUUUACUCCAGAGGAGCAGCAUCGUCCAACAAGUGAAUUUUCUGGUGGAUGGCGUAUGCGAGUUGCCCUUGCGAGAGCACUAUUCAUGAAGCCGGAUUUGUUGCUCCUGGAUGAGCCAACAAAUAUGCUGGACAUGAGAGCGUUAUUUUGGUUAGAAAACCACUUAAAAGAAUGGACCUCUACUAUUGUUAUUGUUUCACACGAUCGUAGCUUUCUGAAUGAAGUUUGCACUGAUAUUAUCCAUUUACAUUCAAAAAGACUGGACCAGUACCGUGGCAAUUACAGUACAUUUGAGAAGACGAUGCGUGAAAAAUUGACGCAACAGCAAAGGGAAUAUGAAGCUCAGCAACAACUGCGCCAGCACACACAGGAAUUUAUUGACAAGUUCCGCUACAAUGCGAAACGUGCCAGCAUGGUGCAGAGUCGUUUGAAGAUGUUGGAGAGGCUGCCUGUGUUGAAGCCUGUCGUAAUCGAACCAGAUGUGGUUUUCUCAUUCCCUGAUUGUGAAAUGUUGCAUGGUUCGGUUCUACAGCUGGAGGACCUUUCAUUUAGGUACACAACUGUGUCUCCCCUAAUAUUUCAAAGUUUGAAUGUCGGUUCGCAUGCAGACUCGAGAAUUUGCAUUGUAGGUGAGAAUGGCUCUGGUAAGACAACACUAAUCAAAUUACUUCUUGGCGACUUAAACCCAACCAGUGGCUUUCGGAAUGCUAAUUCUCGUCUUAAAAUUGGAUACUUUACCCAGCACCACGUGGACCAGCUUGAAAUGGACGUUUCCGCUGUCGAGUUCUUAGCUAGUAAAUUCCCAGGAAAGAACCAGGAGGUGUACCGUGCAAGCUUGGGAAGGUUCGGUCUGUCAGGUGACUUGGCUUUACAGUCUGUAGCAACUCUCUCUGGAGGUCAGAAAUCUCGCGUCGCCUUUACAUGUUUGGCAAUGCUGAAUCCGAACUACCUAAUCAUGGAUGAACCUACGAACCAUUUGGAUGUGGAGUCGGUAGAAGCUCUUGGUGCUGCUUUAAGAAAGUUUAAGGGUGGUGUCGUUAUUGUUACCCAUGACGAGCGGCUAAUUGAAUUAGUAUGUAAGGAGCUUUGGGUAGUAAGGGACCGUACAGUUACCCAGCUUGAUGGGGGCAUCGAAGAAUACAAGAAGCACGUUUAUAAACAGUUGGCACUGCUUACUUGA